UGCCACCUUGACAGUCAUUGGUCGGCAGAGUGCGACUCUUUGCAUGUUUCCAGUCUAAAAGCUCUACCUUUAAGCUGAUGUCCUUUAAAUUCAGUGUCACUCCAGCAUCCCUCCUGUGGCAGCAGUGCACGAACAAUGAGUACCAGCAGAAGUCCAGAGCCUCUAGCAGACGCUUGUCUUCCUUCCUCCACUGGUGAGAUCUCAGUCAGCAAAGACGAACCCGGAAAUCUAAGGAGGCGUCUUCCGCUCACCGGCUCGUCCACACUGGCAAGGCGACUCUUCCACUUCCAGUCAUACCGUAAUCCACUCAUUACCAGCAGACGGCGUAAACGUGAGAUGACCCCCUCAGAGAAAAAAGACGCGUCAUAUUGGGUCAAGCGAAAGAAGAACAACGAGGCUGCCAAACGGUCCAGAGAGAAGCGUCGACUCAAUGACUUCAUGCUGGAGGGACAGCUUCUGGCGCUGAGCGAAGAGAAUGCCCAGCUCAGGGCUGAGGUGCUGAGUCUGCAGUAUCACAUGGGAAUCGCACGAAGUCUGGAUGUCAAUCAUCCCAUCAUGCCCUUUCCCUAUCCUGUUAUGUCCCAUCUCAAGCCUUCCCUGUGGGGUUUGGCUACCAGUGCUGCUCCUCUUCCAGCUGAAGUCCCAGAUCUGUACUCCUCUUGGUCACAGCACAGCUCAUCUCCAUUCAUCUCGCCCUUGAGGGUGCCUCCUAAAAGUGCAAACCUACCUUCACAGGUUGGCCAUUUGGACAACAUUGUUGACCCAGUAGAGGCGAAUCCAGCAUCUCACCCACAGGUCUCUUCAAGCAACGACCCACCGAGCCACCCACAAUUGUUUCCUGCCCAAAAAGCAUCUGCGGCUUCACCGCCCCCUCCCCAGUUGUUACCAGGCCUGAGCCACUCUGCCAGCCAGAACAACAGCCAGAUGUUACCCUGGGGCUCGUCGUCUUUGCGUCCGUCUCCCCUUCACCCCAGCUGGCCGUCGUCCUUCCCUAUGUCGCUGCGAGAUACCGAUGGAUCUCUUAAUGGAGUAAAGUCUCUCUGGAACUUCAACGGCAGGUAUAGCAUGCUGUCUGCUGAGAUCUCAGGGCAGCUCAGAAGAAUAUUUUGCCCAGAGAACUCUUAAUCGGCAAUAAUGUUGCCUGAACAGUUAUCUUUUCUAUAUUACUGUGAUAAUAGACGGCUUUUAAAGGCAUACUGUAGUUAACCCCAAAUUAAAGUGGUUCCCUACCUUUAUGAGUUUCUUCUGUUGAACACAACAAAGGAACAUGUUAGAAACUUUUAACAGGGUCAGUGGUAAUAAGUUUCCAACAUUUUUUCAAAAUAUCUCUAUGCUCAACAGAAGAAAGAAACUUGAAAAGGCUUAAGUGAAGUGUUAAAUAAUUAUUUUCAGAUUUGGCCUAAAUAUAUCUUUAAUUGAUAGUUCACCCCCAAUAAAAUGAAGCUUCCAUCAUCUUUUACUCACACUCACAUCAUUCCAAAAGUUUAUGAUUUUCAUAACAUUAAAAUGUCUCAUUUAUUAUUAUUUUUUUGUCCAUAUAAAUUGUUAGUCCAACCAAUCAGUUGGUUGUAGACCCCACUGACCUGUUUGGUAUGUACAAAAACAAUUUUCAAAAUAUGUACAAGACAAUCACACACAUUAAAAGUGACAUGAAGGUAAAUUAUGUAAACACUGUAAUUUUUAGGUGAACUGUCCAUAUUAGCUAUGCUUCAUGUAGUGAUUUGCAAGUUAAAACUUCUUUCAGCUUAUUAAAUGAUGAACUUGCAUAUGUCUAUGUAGCAAAUAUGAAGAUGUUGUCCAAUUGUAAUAAAAGUAAAUAAUCGUUUUAUCGUCAUAACGGCCAUUUGUUUGAUUGGAUUUAAAUCAGAUUCAAGUUUCAAAAUCUACACUAUACAGUAUAUAUAUGUAUA